UGAGUUCUUUCUGCUGCUCGAGUUGUGAGGGAGCGAAUGAAGACAGCAGAGCUCAAUUCAGCUUCUUUUCAGUCUAUUGGAUAUUAGCCCAUGUUAGAGUCGAGAAAGUCAUACCAGAGCAGAAACUGAUAUGUCGAAAAGAAUGUCACGUUUGCUAGUUCGUUUUUCCUCCAUAAUUUUCAAAGAAGCAAGUGUGAAAUCAGUAUUACCGAAGAAGUGGACAUUUGCAGGGAUUCGGCCGAUUUCUACAUCACCGGGUUUGCUGUCAUUGACACGUUAUGACCAGUCCACAGACUGGCAGAGGAAGCUGACUCCAGAACAGUAUGUUGUAACAAGAGAAAAAGGCACAGAAGUGCCCUUCAGUGGAAUCUACUUGAACCACAAUGAGGUGGGCAUGUACCAUUGUGUUUGCUGUGACUCCCCUCUUUUCAGCUCUGAAGCUAAAUAUGAUGCUGGAACUGGUUGGCCAUCCUUCCAUGAGGCUCAUGGGACAUGGGAAAAAGAUGAGAGCCAUGCCAACAUUAUCCGUCGCCCUGACAACUCACUUGGUAGCACAGGAACAGAGGUUAUCUGUAAACAUUGUGAUGCCCAUCUUGGACAUGUCUUUGAUGAUGGUCCAGACCCGACCGGCCAACGAUUCUGCAUCAACAGCAUAGCACUGAACUUUAAGCCCAGAGAAAAGUAAACUAGAGACUUCAUCAAUACAACCAGAAGUGACAUCCCUGGGCAGUAUUAUACAGUUAUACAGUGUACAUAAAGAAAGAAAAUAGCAUUUGAAUAACAAAUUAACAUUGUGGUAUAAGCUAUAAGUUACACUGAGAUCAGAUUUUUUUUUAAUGGAUAAAGAUUUCAUUUAUCUCCAAUGCACGGUAUUGCUGUUUUAUCAUGUCUUGUAUUUUUAACAUACCACUGCACAUUAAAAUCUGAGAAUGCCAACACUGCAUGACAAACAAAAAAUGACUGUUUUGUUUGUAAAAGACCAGUUUGGUUUAAUUAAAGUGUACAUAGUCAGAAAUCUGCAAAAUGA